AAAAAUAGCGAUUAUGAAUCAUCAAUAGUUUAUACCAAUAUCUGAUUGUGUAUCUAGAAGAUCUUUUCCUAUUGUAAUCCUAUUGUCUAAUAGUUAAUCUUUCCUGUUAAGUAAACAUAACCUAUUUCAUGUUUAUUCAGUGUAUAUAUAGACAUAAAUAAAUUCAAAAAUAAAUAAAUUAAUGAUUCAUAAUAGCUAGCCAUGACUAUGCAAAUGUUCUGUCUGUCAGUUACUGUGCAAAUAAACAACUGGAUAUUAUUAUAAGCAAUAACAUUAUGUAUUGUUUGCAAAAUGAAUUUGCUGGUUCUCUAUAUUGGUCCUACUGACUCAUGGAAAAGUAAAAGUUUGACUCUAACAUUACUUAAACUUCUAUUCAUCCCAUGAAGACUUAUGAUCCUUAUAAGCAACAGUUUGAUUAGUUUAAAAAAAAUUGCAUAAACUGACCAGCUUCUUGUUAACUGUACUUAAAUGUUUUUACAGUCUGUUAAUGCAGAUCUUAAUUUUGGAAAAAUGAUGGCCAGUCUCCUGUAAUGUUGAGUAGGACAUACAAGAGGCCGUACAUUUGUCCCGUACAUGACAUCAAAGUUAUGGACAACUCAAGAAAAUCAUUUGUUUUAUUCAUGCAAGUAGCUUUCGCCUUCGGAAUUUCAUUUGGACUAAAGGCAAAUAACUUCGAUAAACAGUUGUGGCUGGUGGGAAUUGCACGAUACUUACUCUAUUUUCUGGUCAUCCGAGCUACUAACGAAGGGUCCGCGCUGUUAUACAAAAUUCUGAACAAGAAGGCGUCUCUGGAUCCACCGAAAAUCAUCCAGGACGUCAAGGAAUACGCGUUGGUCGCCGCGGCAUCAGUCGGCGUGUUACUGUACACCGAGCAGAAGCUCAUCACAGAGGACUUCUUGCUGAUCUUCGCCGCUAACUUACUGUUAACGUACAACGAUAUGGAACAGAAGCCCACAACGAUAACUUACGGCGUGGGCAUGGCGUGCAGUUUCUUCGAAGGGUAUCUGAAGCAGGUGAUCCCGUCGGACGGGCACAAGUUCGUGGGGUUCCAGGAGAACAUCGAGCGGUACGAGAACGCCCAGGGCGUGGUGUUCCCCGUGCGGAGGCUGUUCAUCAUCAUGACGCGCUCGCUGUACUCGCCGCCCGACCUCAAGCAGUUCAACAAGGAGAACAGAGACGAUCUGUCGCAGCUGGAGGCUUGUCAAGUUAGUCCUGAGUCGCUGAAGGAGAUCGAGAAGGACGUGGCGGGGGUGAAGAACCGCAUCUACAAGAACUCCGCGUACAUGAUCCGGCGCGCGGGCGCGGCGCCGGUGUUCGUGGCGGCGGAGUGCGCCACGCCGCUGCACACGCUGCACGAGGUGCUGCACAACACCACGCUCUACCAAGAGCUAAGCAAUAUGAACACUGAAGAAGUGGUCGCGGACUUCUCCAAGAUGCUCACCUCCAUCAUUUCCAAGAGUCCGCAGUGUCGGGACAAAUGUGAACUAGUUUAUUUUGACGACACAGACCCAAAUCAGAACUUGGCUGAUGUUCUCCUCGACAAAAUACGAGAAAUUGAGCCGAAUUUUGAAAAAGUCACAAGAAAAUAGUAUGUGUUAUUAUAAACACUGAUUAAAAAUGUAAGUAAGCAAUAUUCAUUAUACUAUUAUUACAAUUCCAUUAUGUGCCUUGUAUGUGGUGGGAAUUGUGACAAGCCCAAAUACUUACCCCCUUAUUCAUAGAGGUUAUUUAUCUAAGGAUGGAGCAUUGCUGUGAUAACAAGUCUGUUUCUCAGUGCUGACGGCAUGGCAGCCUUCACAGUGCGUAGACAGAGGCCGUCGUGAUUUACUCAUAUUGAGAUACUUUAAUCUAGUUGGCUGUCAGGUAACCAAAGCUAAACAAACAGCAAUCUGUCAGACAAACACAGUGGUCAAACAGACUUGUUAUCAUAGCAAUACUCCAUCCUUAGAUAAAUAACUUCUAUGAACAAGGGGGUAAUAGUAUACCAUAUAACGUAAGUACAGGUCUCUUAUAAGGUCCUAAAAAGAAAACUAGACAUUUUAUAUUUUUGUAUGUAGAUAAGUAAAUACGUGUUACAGUACUCGCCAGUUAAUAUAUAUUAGUAAUGGAAAACAAUCUUUCUGUAAUAAAUAUCAUACAUUGGCUAUGGAAAGAAAUAAUUACCAGGAUCGGCUUCAUAGAGCAUUGUGUGUGACACUCAGAAUUAUUGCAGUGAAAGAUAUGAGAUAAACUUUGUAUUUAAAAUUUAUAAAACACAACAAAGAUAUUCAAUGUGUUUAUUAAUGACAGAUGAAUAAGCUUUAAUUUUAAUAUUUUCCUAUCCAUUAAAUUAUUUUAAGAAUGCAACACCAAUACUACAGAAUUUAAACCAAAUCAUAUUGUUCAUAUGGAAUACACAAUGCCUUGCCGAUCCUCUUUUUUAUCCAUGUUUAAUACUUACUGUCGAGUACUGUACAAUAGUCAAUGAUUUGUCCGGCUUGAAUUUAGUUACCAUCCACCAGUAACUCUUACUGAUAGUGUUUGCAAUAAACUUCCGGUCGCAGAGUAUGACGAUAUACUAGGAACUAUUGCCAGUUGCAGACAAAGAACUUUAAGUUAGUUUAGCUUAGCUCGGAUCGCUGAGGUAGUGAUAAUAGUGCUAUUGGAGUAGCUAUGGAUUAUGUUAGGGGACGAAUGGAAGGGCGUGGGGGGGGGGAGGUCGUCAAAUUCCACCAAAAAGAGCCUGCACGCGAGGCUCCUGUAAGCCCAAGGCAUUUUCUAGGGUGAGCAAAAAGGCUUCUAGUUAACAUAUAAAAAUAACUUGUGUAUAUUAUUAUUUUCAUCCUGCAUGGAAUUUUUAAUAAUAAUUUAAGCUAUACAAGCUAAUAUAAACUAAUUUAUUCGCAUUGAUAAAAUUAUUACAAAUAAUGCCUCGCUAGUAAACGUCGUACUUGUCUGUAUGAGUUAUACAGCGUUACAUUGAACAUCAGAAGGAGCGAGACAAAACAUUUUGUAACUUUGAAACACUUACACAACGUUUAUUAAUAAGGGGCAUAGUACAUAGCUUACAUAGUUUACGGUGGGCAACCAAGUAUGAAGAAUAGGCGUUACAGUCUAAGAUAAACCAACUUAGCUCAAUUUUGAGUCUGCAACUCGCAUGACACUAGUAUUGACAGUAACAUAAAUAUGACAAAGCAUUUAAUAUUCUGGUAAUUUUUUUAUACUAUUUAUAAUACUUGUGUAUUGGAUCAUAUAUUUUUUGUUGUUUGUAAUUCUACACUAAAAUUACUUACUAAGAUCAUUGAUUUGCAAAAAAUACUACUAUUUGCUAUUAUUGCCCGAUAUUUGCGAAAUCAUUAAAAAACUGUCAAAGCUGUAAUUUAAAAAGAAGAAAAUGAAGAGGCGUUUGACGUUUGUUUAUAGCAUACAUCUGGAAGUAAUGAAUAGAUUAUAAACAAUAUUUGAGUAUUACAAAGCCUUGGAUAAUGUAUAAAUUAAAACACCAAAAAAUAUGUGAUCAGCCAUUUUGUUUUUAUUAUUAAUAAGUACUUUAGGAUAUCAUGUAAGUUUACGUAAACUUUUUUGUUAAUAUUUAACGAGUGAGACUCGUCAUUUAUAAAUGAAACCUUUGUCAUUACCUCACUGUAUAUCCAAAGUUGUAGGUAGACUUGGAAUAUAUUAAAAGUACUGUUUUAAUAAGCUUUCUAUAUCUUACUCUCUUUCACGUUGUAUUAUAUUUAUACAGUAUGUAUGUAAAAAAGCGGGCACCUUGUAGUAUUGCUUUCUUACUCGCACACCCACGUCUAGUUUCACAUUCCACUAUAUUUGAAAGUUGUAUAAUUUGCUUUUUGAGCGUUUGUUUGAUAUUUUUUAAAAGUAUUACAUAGUUUUUGAUAAGAUAUUUAAAGUGUCAAUUACCUAAUGUAAUAAUAAUUCGUGUAUAUUGGACAGUAAAUGAGUAAUUCAUGCUUGCUAGUUAAAAUAUUUAUGUGCCAUGUCGAAUUUGAAAAAGGUAAGGAAGCUAAAAAUUUAUAAUACAUUAACUUAAUAGACAUACCUAAAACUCAAAUAGGUUACUUGCAUUCUUUGAUUACAGUGUGAAAAUAUACUUACUUAUUAUAUGGAAAAAUAUUUCAUAAAAUUAUAUCAAUGCUGUUAUUUACUUGUAGAUUUGUAAUAAUUUUUGUAUUAGUUUAGUUUGAAAUUAUAUUAUUACUUUGAAUUAGAAUUUAUUAUAUUAUGACGUAAAAGAAAAUGGCGGUGCGUUUGAAAAGAGUGCCAUAUCUAGUCAAAUACAUUAAGGUUUUGGCCUAUUUUUUAAAAUUCUCCGUUUGAAAAUAUGUUACUCUGUUAGAAAUGUUUUCCAUUCACUACACAAUUAAUUAGCUAUUUACCACCAUCUUGUGGAUAGACAUUUUAAGUGCUCUGCAAUAGAGAAAAUUAAAAUAAUUGACGUACAGUCCAUCUCAAAUUAAUUUAUAUGCAGAUAAAUACCAAAUGUAUCCAAUUACAAACUAAUUAAUACAAAACAUUGUGCUAACAAUAUAUGUAUAUUUCAGAAGCUCACCGUAUUUAAAAAAAAAAUAAGUCAUAUUGUAUGUUUAGAAAUGUUCUUAAGUAAUAAGGAGAGUCAAUAUAAUAAUUACACAUGUAAAAACAAAUAUGUUUUAGUACAAAGUCCAAUAAAGUUUUUGCCUUGGUUGUGAAUGAAAAUAGUUGAUGGCGUAUAUCAAAAAGACAGACAGAAUGACAACACGUUUGAACUGUGGUUGAUUUAUUUGUACUGUUAUUGAUAGUUAUGCAAUUUUGUUUGUAUUGUGUACUAUACGUAAUUAUUUUGGCCAAAUUUCCGUUAUCUGUACUUAAAACAUACAAUCUCCAUCUUUUAAAGCAUUUGUUACAUUUUAAAGAAACUAAAAAUAUAGCUAUCGCGUGACACAUCGUUUAUGACUGCGUUCAUUCUGGCUACAAAGAUUGUUAGCAAUAUACGUAUAGUACUUCAUAUUAUGUUUUAUAAGGCCUCAACUAUAUUAAAAAUUUAUUUAUUUUCCAUCAACCAGCGAGGACAUUUUGGUGCUUAUACAUAUACUUACAUUUCAUAUUCUAUAUAUAUUUAUUAUGUUUUAUAUUUUUGACAAGGAGUGACAGUUUUUGUGAUUACAUCACUUCGACUGUUGCAGCAUUUAUAAUUUUUACUUAUAGAGUUUAAAAAUGUUCAGUCGUAGAUUUGAUUUUUUGUAAAUGGCAACAUUAAUUGUCAUAGAAUAGAUGCUUGGACAAUCUAAAAAGGAUGCGCUAUGGGUUUAUUCCCGCUAUAAAAAAAAACUUCAAUUAGAAAGACAAUAAGUACUACACAGAAGUGGAACAGGGUUUCAACUACUAUAUUUAAAGUACAACACACACUAAACCGUUUUGUGUCGAGAACGCACACAUACAUAUUAAAAACUUGUCUGUUUUACGCACACUACAACAGUAUUUAUAAAUGAGUGCAUGAGCCUUGUUUCUUAUACUGUGGCGGAAAACAUAAAUCACGUAAUACUUUUCCUUUAUAUAUUGUCUAAGUAGGGACGUAAUGAAUCAGUUAAAUAAUAAUUUGAGAUCAUUAGGUAAGAUAUUGAAAAAUAUUGUGAUGAUUAUACUUAUAAAAAAAAUAAUAUUAAAGGACUUUUUUGAAUUUGUCUUUAUAUGUUAUAUUUCUUUUUAUAAUUUAAUUAUGAAUAUAAUAUCAUGCUUUGUAGAAGACUUGUUUUUUAUUUUGACACUGGCGAUAGCAUAGACAUAUUUUAGAAUUUUUAAGAGUUUUUAUUAAAUAAAAAUACAGUUUGUAAAUUUUAAAUAUACAAAGCUUUAUUACAAGUACAAAUAACGGUUCAUUUUUUAAUAAUAUGAUGGUGUUUUAAUCAAUAAAACAUGAUGAAA